UGGUGGGUUUUAGUUCUUUUUAAAACUCUUGGUGAAAAGUUAAACUCGAACAAAGAUAAUAUUAUUUCAUUGGUUGAAGCUACAAAAAAAGCUGCAUCUAAGGAAGAAAGAACUCCUUUUCAAGAAAAUUUUAAAAUUAGAGACGUGUGGAACUUGGCAAAGGUUCUCGCAGAAGAUUUUAGAAGACGACUUUUUGGAAGACAACUUUUUGGAAGACAACCUAAAAUAUGUAGCUACAUAAUUAUGGCUAUUAUUUUUAUUUGGAUAUUAUUGCUUUAUAAUCCUCUUUUAAUUGGAUUCAUUUUCGUUUAUAUAAUCGGUAAAUUUCUUUCUAAUGAACAAGCUGAUAAAUUUCUUUCUAAUGAAAAGGCUAGUCAUAAGCGCAAAAUAUUAAAAUCUUCACUCGAAGAGAAUAUAGGAAUAACAUUUGAUACCUCCACUCCGGUUAUUAUUAAAAAAUAUAUUAUCUAUACAGCUAUAUUAUGGUUAAAGAUGAAAACUAAGUAUCAAUUCAAAAUUGAAUCUAUGGUAAUAACUGAAAAGCAAAGAAAUGAGCUUAGGCGUCUUUUAUGUGGAAUAGUUAAUGAAGAAUAUUAG